AUGGAACGCGGUAAGGUAGAGAUAGUUUCGGCAGAUGAGUUAAGUGACGUAGAUUCAUCGUUCAACCAACACGAAAGUCCGCGUUUCCCUCCAUGGACCAGUUCACAGAUCAAUGCAAUGGUUUUGCCUCAAACUCGCAACAUUUGUGAUAAUACACAGAUGGCGACUUUAAAUGACGAAAUGUGGAAUGGACGCGAGACUAGACCGUCAGCGCCAUUGUUAACAUCAAUGUCAGAACCGAAUAUGAGACAAAUUCAGCAAUGUGACACAAAUCGGACACAGGAAACUGACAAACUGGACCGACUAUUAGAGUUAUUUGCAGACAUGAAACGAGACGUUAGUCAGAAAAUUGACGCAAAACUGGACGCACUUGGUCAGGACUUUAAACAAAGGCUAGAUAAAAGCGACGAAAAAUUUGACGUAUUAAACCGUACUAUGACCGAAAAUUUUGAACGAACGACAAAACAGAUGACAGAAUUAAAUAACACCACUCAACAGCUCAGCCAGCGAUUUGAGACAUUGUCCGACCGAGUCACUAAACAGGAAGAAACUUUGGUUGCAUUCACACAUGAAACAAAAAACAAUAUCACCCGAUGUGAGAAUCAGUUAACUCAAAUAGUUAAUGUGCAGCAGGAAGUGAACACUCGUGUGGAAGAGUUAGCUCAGGCCCACACUUCAGCUAGCUCCACCCAAGAAAAGCUGACUGAAGAAGUGGGAAAUAUUACCCAACAGCUCACAAUGGUAGUUCUUGAACAAACCCACCUCAAAGAAAAGAUAGAAAAAUUAGAAGAUCGAGCGGACCUCGCGUCACUAAACAACGACACCAACAUGGCCGAAAGAAUUGUACACGAUUAUCAAAUGGACGUAGUUUACAGAGGCGAUUCACGCCAUUCAAAUUUUACGCAUAUUAGUAAACAAAAUCAGCACCCACCCCAAAGGAACCGUAGUGACGGUGGUUGGUGGAACCAUCCGUCCGCGCCACGACACAAUACGAUGCCUGCGCGCGAAACAUAUUCAAAUGGAAACGUGUAUGACAAUAGGAACAACCGCAGAAAUUCGUGGAAUAAUAAUAAUAACAACAAUAAUUAUCAUCCAUAUCAAAAUGGUAACUACAUGCAAAAUGAAAAUCACAGACAGUACAACAACAGCAGUAGGAGACGUGAGAAUAACAGGUUCAACCCGGGCUACUUUGACAGAAACAUGACAUAUAACAGACAUAAUUACCACCAAAACAAUAACAGUCCCAACAAUCACCGACAGAAUAUGUGGAACACACAAAAUUCACGCAUGACAAAUCAUAACCCUCCACGGAAUCCACCGCCGUCCCCCGGUACAGCUAUGCACUCCCCGCCACGAAGUAGCAAUAACAAUUAA